AUGUUACGUGCUUGUGGUGGGACAGGAUACAAGACACAUCUGGGUAUUGAACGACUGCUCAGAGAUGGCAAGGCUGCCUGGGUGUUGGGGCCCUCCAAAGAGAAGGUGAAGCAGAUAAUUGGCAAAACAGUGCUGGAAAACCAUGAGGUUGCUGACUUAUGUGGCAUGAUCAAGACGGUUGGUGGAGAGAACCACUAUCCUACCCUGAAGCCAGGAACUUGGGUGUCCCUUAUCCUUAAAUCCACCAUCACUAUUCGUGACAAGAUGGCCUCCUUUGUGUUUGCUUUGCCCGAAGACACAGACCACACAGGAUGCUUCCCAGGACAAUAUGUUGCUGCCGAGUCAAUCAUGAGCGGCAAGGAGCAUGUGCUUUACUUCUCACCUGUGUCUCCCCCUGAUCAUUUUGGCAUCACUGAAUUGGUGCUGAGGUUUGAAACCCAUGGCAUCAUGUCCCAACACUUCAAAGCACUAAAGCCAGGUGACAGGGUAGAGUUUCAGGGUUCUUGUGGAAGGUUCGAGUACACGCCGAACUAUCUACACGAGUUGCUUGCCUCCGGGGUAGGAAUCACAUCCCGCAUGCAUCUCGUCCGCUCCAUCCUGAAAAACUCAGCAGACAAAACCAACACGGACUUGCUUUACUUCACUGAAUACUACAAUGAGAUACUUUACAAAGAAGAAUUGGACAAGUAUAAAGGGUCCCACUGGUCUCUUGCAACGAUUAACAAGGUGAGGUCGCCACUCCAUUUUUACCUGCUCACAGAGACAGGAAUCGACAAACGCCCAACAGACGAAGGAGCCAAAGAAGCCCAGAGAAAAAACCUAGCUCUCAACAGGACACAAGCCACCAAGACGCCAUGA